AGACGGUUGUUCACAGUGCGAUCAGAGUCCGCAUCAGUACCGGAUCUUUUCCGCUACAUAGCUAUACGCGGAAACUCACACACAUAUACUUCUCCUUCCGUCUUUUUUUCGUUCUUUUUUCAUUUUCAUUUUUUCUUCCCUACAAGUACUGCUAGUUUUGUGUUUAUUGUUGUCGCCACUGUUUCGUCACCUCGUCUUCAUAGCACCUCGAUCGGAUUCAAUUAAUUAAUUAAAAAACUUAAAUUUUAUCUCUAUAAAAGUAUCUAAAUUUACGCUGUGUUUUUCGAACGAGUCUUUGCCUUCCGGUUGACCGUACGGUCGUAUCAGAAAGAUUUAGCCACCGUAAAGUUUUACUUGCCGCCCGGUGGGCACCGGUCAUAGCGCCAUCAGCCAUCACGUACUGCUAUACGUAUCCGGGGGCACUGCACGUAGCCGGAGAGCAACAGCCGUCUCCGCUGCGGACUUGUUGCGCGCACUGUUGCUCGCCCGUCGCCGCCACCGUUACUACUGCCGCCGCCGCAUACCACCACGUAUAUCCACCGGUGCCUGCACCACCGCUUCAACCUCCUCGGCAGCAGUUACAGAUACCUCAACAACAGCCACAACAUUAUCAAAUAGCCAUAGCUGUGACACCACAAACCAAGACACCGCAGCCGGUACAACUACCGCAUACCGGCCUUUACUUGGCCACCGCCAACACGACGUAUCCACAACAUUACAGUGAAGUUAUCACGACGGCACCGCCGACAGCAACUAUUGCCACGCCGGCGGCAGCCGCUGUGCAAGACGACGUAGAAAUGCGUGGGUCUGACGAAAUGGUUACGUCUCCUGGCGUCGAAGGAAAUAAUGUCAGUAACGGAGGGACAGAUCACGUGGAAAAUAACAACGAUACCAAAAAGGUCAAAUUAGACAAAACUGCAAACAAUAAACCUUCCAGGGUGAUACACAUUCGAAAUAUUCCAAAUGAAGUAACUGAAGCUGAAGUUAUUCAUCUGGGUAUACCUUUUGGCAAAGUCACCAACGUACUUGUUCUAAAAGGCAAAAAUCAGGCUUUUUUAGAGAUGGCAGAUGAAACUUCGGCAUCAGCCAUGGUGACUUAUUUUACUACUUGCACUGCCCAGCUCCGUGGACGAGCAGUUUUUAUACAGUUUAGUAACCAUAAAGAACUAAAAACAGACCAAACCCAUAGUAACGCAAACGCGUCAGCCCAAGCGGCUCUCCAAGCAGCUCAGGCGCUAGCUGGUCAAAGCGAUGUACAAGGUGGACCAAAUACUGUGCUCCGAGUCAUCGUUGAACAUAUGGUAUUCCCUAUCAGCUUAGACGUCCUUUACGAGAUAUUUUCUCGUUACGGUAAAGUACUGAAAAUCGUCACAUUUACUAAAAACAAUUCAUUUCAAGUUCUCAUUCAAUAUCCAGAUGUAGUAACGGCACAGUCUGCUAAACUGUCUUUGGACGGACAAAAUCUGUUCCAUACUGGUCAUUUAUUUGACUUAUCACAUUUGAAUAACUCUUUAGAUGGUCAAAAUAUUUACACAUCGUGUUGUAAACUUCGAAUAGAAUAUUCGAAGCUCUCCAGUUUAAAUGUAAAGUAUAAUAAUGACAAAUCUCGAGACUAUACCAAUCCAACAUUACCUAAUGGUGAUAACACGGUCAUGGAAACUUUAGCAGCUCUAGGCGUCGAUUCUGUUGCCGGAAAUCAAUUAUUACCUCAUCAGCUUAGCCUGCUAUUAUCUGGAGUACCUAAUGCUACUGGUUUGCCUCAAGCCCGCCGACAACUUACUACGAAUGCUGAUCAUAGUCGUCUUGCAGGUAGCCCUGGUAUGUUGACUCCUUCCUUUAAUGCUGUCCAUGGACUCGCAUCACCAUUAACCACGUCUUUUGGUAACACUCCAGUGUCAAGUAUGCCUCUUGGAUUUACUUUACCUGGCAGCUCAUUAGCUGCUAACACUCUAAGACUUCCUGGUCAGAUGACUGGCCAAACAUGUGUGUUAUUAGUUAGCAAUUUAAAUGAAGAGAUGGUCACACCAGACGCUAUUUUCACUUUGUUUGGUGUUUACGGAGAUGUGCUGCGUGUAAAGAUCUUAUAUAACAAAAAAGAUGGUGCUUUAGUGCAAAUGGCUGAACCUCAUCAAGCUCAUUUGGCCAUGCUUCAUUUGGACAAAGUUCGACUAUAUGGUAAAUAUAUACGAGUGAUGCAAUCAAAGUACCAGACAGUUCAACUUCCUAAAGAAGGACAGCCUGACUCUGGUCUAACAAAGGACUACACUUCUUCACCUUUGCAUCGAUUUAAAAAACCGGGUUCCAAAAACUACCAAAACAUUUAUCCUCCUUCAUCUACUCUUCAUUUAUCCAAUAUUCCGACAACUUUAUCUGAAGAUUUUUUGAAGACUGCUUUUGAAAACAAUGGAUUCACAGUUAAAGAUUUCAAAUUCUUUCCCAAAGACCGUAAGAUGGCACUUAUCCAAAUGGAAUCAUUGGAAGAAGCUGUAGCAGCAUUAAUUAAAAUGCAUAAUUAUCGACUAAGCGAACAAAAUCACCUACGUGUGUCAUUUUCUAAAUCUAAUAUUCAGCCAGAUGCUCUAACGCCUAAUUAAAGGUUUCUUCUUUAAACUUUAAGUUACUGGACAAUGUUGAUACUCUGACACAACAGUCAACAAUCUUUAUAAACACAAUUAGGGUGAUUUAUAAAUAUUUUUUUAUUAUAAUUAUUGUUUCAUAUUUUUAAUGUAUUCAUAAACAGUAUUAUUUUUUAAAUUUUAUUAUUAUAUCAUUAUUAUUAUUUGUAUUACUAUUAUUCUGAUAUUUUUUUUUUAAAUUAUUAACUUUAUAUGUUGGUAUUUACAUUUUCCUCAAAGUAUUAUGUUUAUUUAAAGAGUUAUACAUAUUGAUGUUUUUUCAUCAUUCCUUUUAGUGUAUACUUGUGUAUUAUUUUAUUGUGUAUGUGUAAUAUUUAAGUAGACCAAAUUUUAGGUCAUCUAUUAAAAAUUAAGCAUUAAAAUUAUUUUAGUAGUCUAUAGAGAAAUGGUCACCAAAGGAUACAAAGAAACUAUUUAUUGAGCACUAUUUUGUAUGUAAUUAUGAUGCAUAAUUUUUAAUAUUAUUUAUUUAUAUUAUUUUCUUUUUUAUUCUGCUAUACAAUUAUGUUUAUUUUUAGCUUAAAACAGUUUUAUACGAGCAAUUUUUAAUACUUUGUUAAGAUCAAUAAACUGUUUAUUUUUUA